AUGUCAUGCAAGUUACUGCUCGAGCGAGUAGCCAGAUGGGCUGGUCCGGAGGCUGCAGGGCCCGUGGGGCAGCUGACACCGCCUGUAACGAGCGGCGGGGCAAGCUUCUUGCGCGUGGGCGCUGCUGCGACGCAGACAGACCCAGAACCGUCAACCACAUGUCUCAAGGGCGUCCUGGCUCCCGUCCAACAAUACUACAUGACCCGGUGUCGCACAUGGGCGCCGCAGGUGUAUCAGUGCGACUACUUUGCUCUGCGGUUUUUCCCAGCCGAGCACUUUCUGGGCAUGGCACGCAAGAGCAAGCCUGGGCUGCUCUUGACCUACACGGGGGACCACCUUCUUAAUGCCAACGUCGGUGACCAAUCUGCAGGAGUCCAGCAACGUGUGGAGCUUGCCCGCAGCGCAGAGAUGGAAAAGCGACUCCGCCAGAUAUCGAACCUCAUACAGGCUCGGGGGUCACUACGGCCGCGCGACUGGUCCUACCUCCGUGUUGGGGCACGUAAGACAAUCCGCGCCCAAUUUCUGCAGGCUUGGUGCAAAUAUCACGGCCCAGAGGCUGUGCUAGCCCGCCUAGAAGGGGCCAUGGACUCUCCGUUCCUCGACAAACAUGGCCGCACAGCGCACAAGGUCGCCAAAGAUGGUCUCUACCACUACACAAUCCGUGUGUUUCCAGACGGGACUACAGCCGCAGACUUCGCCGCGCAUCUGGAGCGAAGCGUGCUCUACACGGCAAACCUGAGCUGGGACUCAUACUCGCGACAUGCAGGGCGAAAAUGGAUCUCCGAAAACAACGCCCAGGCCGACAUCGCUGCCCUCAAUAAGGCCCUUCACAAAAGCGAUAUCCCUUACCGAUAUAUAAAGUCAUCUACGUAG